AUGGCUUCUUCUUCAUCUUCUGGACCACUACCUGAUAUGUACGGUACUCCACAAAAAUCCCAUCAUCGAAAUCUUGUGGCCGACCAAGAGGACCGCAAACCGUAUCACUAUUUCAACAUUGUGGAGGAUGAAGAUGAUGAGGCUCCGCCCUCAACGGACCCAUCGGAAAUCAGUCAGACGCCAGAGGAACCAUCGAAUCGGAAAAGAUCAAGGGAGGAGGAUGAGGAAGGGAAUGGAGGGGAUGAUGACGUCUCCAUAGUCAGUGAGACUUCUGAAGCAUCGUCGUCAAAAAAGAAACAAAAGACAAGCAGUAGCACCGGAAAUCCACCAGAAAAGCUUCCAUGGUCAUUGGCGCAGGACAUGUCCCACAUACCAUCCCGCGAGGUCCGUCUAUCCACACCCUUUACUACCAUUGCUGACAUGGCGUACGCUAUCAGGGAAGAGCUAAAUUGUCGAAAAACGCUUCGAAAGCGAAACCAAGCCAAUGGAAACUACUGUGUCGUUUGUUUGGACUACCGUAAAGACAGCGGAUUCUGUGACUACAUGCAUAACAAUCAACAUGAUCAUUUCAUCAAGUAUUGGCAUGCAAUGUUCGGAACGGAACGGGUCAACAAACAGAACCUUCUUCUACAAUUCCAAGAGAUGAUGAAAGUUCGAGAUGUGCUCCCCAAAUUGUCCACCGCCUACUAUCAAGGAUCCCGAUAA